UGGUCGUUUAUCCCGGUUGCCAAAUUUUCAAAAUGAUCCGCUUUUUAGUUCUCCAUAAACGUCUAAUACGCCAUCCACCGUGGGACACCCUGUAUGUAUAUAGUAUGACGUGACAGUGGCGACAGUGCCAGUACCUACCUAUAGUAUGAAUCGCGCUUUAACAAUGAGCUUUGAUUGACUCUUGUAUGUUUCUCAAAGAUAAAAUCCAACAACUUUGAUAUGUUGUCUGAUGAUAAUUUAAUAAUCGAUUAUAGUUAUUGUAUUAAUAAACCAUGGAAUUUUAAAGUACACAAGUUGACAUGCUAGAUUAUUACCAUCAGCUGGUCUGCAGGUCAAUACCACAUUACCUAUUUGUUUGUUCUCAAGGAUCAAGAAGAAAACUAUAAUUAUUAGUAGUACAUAAGUAAAAAUUCUUACCUGCUGGGCUAGAGAAUAGCCUCACAUUUUGACCCUUUAACGCAUUAUUAACUAAAGUAUUUGAGUUUUUUGAAAAAAUGAAUUUUGUUAAAGUUCUUGAAGCCAUUUCGCUGAUGUUAAAAGUGAAGCAGCAAAAAUGAAAAAACAGUUUAAACUUAUCAUCUAAUUAUUUCGCCAUUGAUAUUGUUUAUCACGUUCAAAGGUCGUUGGAUUAGUUUUUAUCGUUUCAUUGCAACAAAGAUUAGGAAAAUAAACAUUAAAUACAUUUACUGUAGGCAACCAGUUAUAUACACUUUAUUCCAUGAAAUUUUUAUUACUAGACGUUGCCACGUUUAUUAAAAAGGUUUAUUAUUCCCGGCAUUUGUCUGUCGGUUCAUAUACAUAGUGCAUUUUACUCAAAAACCCUUAUUUUUUACAUCUGUUCACGCAUCAAAUUACGCAACUUUGCCCUAAUUUAACCAACCCUGUAUCUCUCACCGUUUCUGAAAUCUCAAUGACGUAGCUCGAAUUUGAAACACCCUGUACACACCCAGUCGAGUUUUUAACCUCAAAUUUUCACUGAUGCAAACUUUGUAGAAAAAGAUUUCCGUUUUGAAUUUAAAUAAAAAUGUUUAUAUUAACCGAAAUGAAAAAUGUGACCAGAAUACUACCGGAAAACUUCAAUAUGAAGCUAAACGACGCAAUAGUCAGGGAGCUAAAUAAGAAAUUAGCCAACAAAGUUGUUUUGAAUGUGGGCCUUUGCAUAGCCCUAUUCGACAUAACAAGCCUAAAAGAGUCUUUCAUAAUACCUGGCGAUGGGGCCUCGCACACCAUAGUCAACUUCCGCUACAUCGUUUUCCGUCCAUUCAUGGAGGAAAUUCUAGUGGGCAAAAUUAGGAGUUGCAACGAGAACGGGGUACAUGUUACUUUAGGGUUUUUUGAUGAUAUUCUUAUUCCUCCAAACGCCCUUCAGCACCCUUCAAAAUUCAAUGAAACUGAACAAGCAUGGGUGUGGGAAUAUGAUACAGGAGAUGGUGGCAAACACGAUUUAUUCAUGGACAUUGGAGAUUGUUUAAGAUUCAGAGUGACUGCUGAAAGUUUUACUGAAACUUGUCCUCCGGGACCUUCGGGACUCCAAGAAGAAGACUCCACUACCACUACAAAUAAAAUACCAUACAAUUUAACAGGAAGUAUCAAUGAACCGGGACUUGGCAUUUUGUCUUGGUGGGAUAAUUAAUUGAGGAGGCAAAAUUGUGUAUCUGUGAUAUUUUAUAAUGGAUUAUUUUAUUUGUUCGUUUUUGUUCUACUCUACUAGUUCAUUAUCUGUGUGAAAGAAAACGCCUAAUCACUGUUGCCAAUCUGAAUUUGUGAAAUUACACGAUAUGCUGGUCAAAUUACACGCUUUCACUUC